AUGGCUCAAACUCUAUAUUUCCCUCUUCUCCUCAUUGCUCUCUGCUCCAUAUCUGAAUGUGUUCAGCGUCAGUAUCACUUUAUAAAUGAGAACAAGACCUGGGCUGAAGCUCAGAGUUACUGCAGAGAGAAUUACACAGAUCUGGCCACUGUUGACAACAUGAACGACAUGAUCCAGCUGAACAAGAGUGUGGAAGUGAAUGAUGGAGGUGUCUGGAUUGGUCUUCAGUGUACAAAUGAUAGUAAAUGGCAUUGGUCUUCAGGUGAUCCUGUGCUCUUUGUGAACUGGGCAUCUGGACAACCAUACAGCGGUGAUAAUUGUGCUGUUAUGAAUAAUGGAAAGUGGUUUGUUGGGGCAUGUACUGCCACCUGGACUUUCAUCUGCUACAACAUGAGCACAGGACUGGUGUUUGUCAAUCAGUUGAGGAACUGGAGAGACGCUCAGAGUUACUGCAGACAGAAUCACAUUGAUCUGGUCAGUGUGAGGAACCAGAAUGAGAGUCAACAGUUGGAGAAGUUCAUUAAUGACAGUCAGACAUUUGGAUCUGAAGUCUGGAUCGGUCUGUUCAGAGACACAUGGCAGUGGUCAGAUCAGAGCAACUCCUCAUUCAGAUACUGGAAUACUAAUAAACCUCAAACUCCAGAUCAUUUACACUGUUCAGCGGUUGAAAAGGUCAAUCAGGGACGAUGGAGUGACUACUUGUGUAGUGUUAGAUGGCAGCUUCCUUUUGUGUGUCAUGAAGAUAAACUGAUUGUGAUCCAGCAGAAUCUGUCGUGGUCUGAAGCUCUGAGAUACUGCAGACAGAAUCAUGUGGAUCUGGUCUCGGUUCAGUCAGUGGAGAUGCAGCGUCGUGUGAUGAACGUGGUUAAACUGGCGUCUACUGAGGCGGUGUGGUUGGGUUUACGUCAGUCCUGCGCUUUGGGCAUCUGGUUCUGGGUGAGUGGACAGACCGUGUGCUAUCAGAACUGGGCUCCAGGGAACGGCACAUCAGAGGAGGACUGUGAGCCCACAGUGAGAUCUGGAGCAGUUCAGUCUGGAGGAAAUCAGACCUGGAUCAGCCGUCCUGAAACUGACAGACUCAACUUCAUCUGCAGAAACUACUGAGAGUGAAGAAGUAAGAUGAGGAAUGUGUUCAUUUAUCACUGAAGUAAUAAUUUUACAUAAAAUAUUUAACUUCAGCAGGCAUUAAUGCAUUAUGAUAGGAUUUGAAAUCUUUUUGAAAUGACACCGUAUAAAAGCUGGGUUAUUUCAACUCAAGUUGGGUAAAAUAUAGAAAAACCCAAAUGUUAAUUCUAUAAAUUACAUGUAAAAAUAAAACAGCAGUUGGUUUUGUCCACAUUUUACUUAAAAUUGGACUGAUAUAACAUUUUAGUGUAUUGUGAUUUU